AUGCCAUUUGUCAACAAAAGUGGAUUUUUUGAUCCAUCUACAGCACCUUACUAUGACCCAAAGGAAACCAGAAAAGUAGUCUUUAUUACUGGAGGUAAUUCAGGUAUUGGUUGGUAUACAGUUCUUCACUUAUAUUUACAUGGGUAUAUUGUCUACGUGGCUGGUAGAACUGAAUCAAAAGUAUUGAAAGCAAUUGAUGAUAUCAAAGCUGAAGCUGAAAACAGACAAGCUAAACAGACCGCUAAACAUCCAUUGGGUGAAUUGAAUUAUAUUCAUAUUGAUUUAUUAGAUCUUUCUACUGUGACCAAAGCUGUUGAUGAAUUUACUGAAAAAGAGAAAAUUUUAGAUGUUUUGAUUAAUAAUGCUGGAUUAAUGGGUGUUCCAUAUGAAGUUACUAAAGAUGAUUAUGAAAUUCAAUAUCAAGUUAAUUUUGUGGCUCAUUAUUUAUUAACAUUGAAAUUAUUACCAUUUUUACAGUCAGCUGUUAAAAUUGGUGUUACACCAAGAAUUAUCAAUUUGGCUUCUAUUGGACAUAAUUUCCAAUUUAAACAUUUUACUCCUGAACAAAAUAAAUUAGACAAAUUUCCUAAUAGUGUAUUUACUUGGGUUAGAUAUGGUAUUGCCAAAUCAUCACAAAUUCAGUUUGCUAAAGAAUUGGCUAAUCAUUAUCCUGAUAUUUUAUCAGUAUCAGUUCAUCCAGGGGUUAUUUUAGGAACAGAAUUAUAUAAUCAUUGGAAAAAUAUCCCAAUUAUUGGUAUUGGAGCAAGAGGUAUAUUUGCUCUUUCAGAUAAACUUAUUGGAGUAUCUAAUGAAGAAGGUUCUUUGGCAACUUUGAGAGCUGCUUUAGAUCCAUCUUUAACAUUGAAAGAAAAUGGUGAAUAUUUGAUUACAGGUGGUAAAAUUGAUGAACCUAGUAAGAUUGCUUCUAAUACCCAGUAUUCUAAAGAAACUUGGGAUUGGAAUUAUGAACAAUUGAAGAAACGUGGAUACAACAUCUAA